UGUAAUGUGAGUGUGUAUAGUUAAGCGGCCAUUCUUCAGAAAGCUCAACCUCAAAAUAUACCGUAAAUAUCUCAUACAUGAAUAGCAUGGCAUUGCAGAACGUAUGAGAGUAUGAACUAGUACAGAAAACAUUUGAAAACUUGAGCUGCUACCUGUUUAUUUGCGGAAAGAAUUGUGCUUCAUGUUGUUGUCAAAUUGUCUUUUUCAGUUUUUAUGUUUUAAUUUGUGUAUGUAUUCAUCCAACACUGUUCAUGUGGUAAUUAGUGAGUUCUGUUUGACUCUAAUCCUGAGACAGACAGUAACCCAUCCUCAUGUCUCCAUGUCUCCUAGACUCUCCACCCAAACCCAAGUUAACCCCAGAGAAGGUGGUGGUGAUGGAGGGGACCUCUGUGAGUUUGAGCUGCUCUGCUGCUGCCCCCUGUCCCAAACUCCCCCCAAAUCUGACAUGGACCCCCAGGCUGAGUGACAGUGUGGAUCAACUGCAAGAGAAUGAGGAUAAAACCACAUCUGUGUCUUCUGUUCUGACCUUCACUGCUUCCCACCUCCACCAUAGGCAGAAGAUCACCUGUAGGGCACUUUACCCACUGCAACAAGGAGGCAAUCAGACGUCUGAGGCCAGUCUGACUCUCAAAGUCCGAUACAUGCCUCAGAUCUCUGGCUCUGGGAGCUGCAGCAGAACUGCAGCAGAGAUCAGCUGCUCCUGUGAGAGCCGUGGGAAUCCCUCUCCCAGCAUGGAGUGGCGUGUGUCUGGACUGCGGGUCACUAACUCUACUGACAGAGUCAUCAGGGAGGAGCAGCUGGGGAACACAGGGCUGAGGAGCUCCCUCACCAUGCGCCACUCACAGGGAGACACGGCCACUCUCCUCUGCCUCAGUACCAACGCUCUCGGCACCUCCAGCCUCCAGCUCCACGCCCCGUCUCCAGACUCAGGUUUCAACAUUACUGCACUGCUGAUUAGUGCUGCUGCUGUAGUUGGCGCCAUUGUGACUAUAUGCCACAUCAUGAAGACCAUUCAAAAGCAGGGGAAAAAGAGAGACAGUGAGUCUACUGAUACUAGAAGGAAGGACACCGUAGGGAGUCCUCCCCCAGCAGAAGAAGACCCAGUCUACGCCAACCACUCCAUGGUAACCACCCAACCCAGGGACCCACAGCUGGGAGGGACAGACCCACAGCCCCGGGCAGAGGACCUAAACAAGGCAGAGCUGGAAACCAUGCAUUACGCCUCGAUAAAGCACUCCCUCCGCUCCGUGGAGACACAGGGCCAGGAUGCCCGUGAAGGAGCCGCAGGUCACGGUGACGAUGUGGUCUAUUCACAGGUGGCGCUGGAGAAAAUAAUGGAGGUCAACCCAGAACUUUGUCUUUAA